UUCUUGGGAAGGUUCUCUGACACUGUCUUGUACCGAAACAUCGUGAAGCUAUUUUGGACAAAUACAUACACCCACAGCGUCUCUGCUAACAACACCAUCAUCAACAUCAACAACCUAAUGCCAUAGCGACGACCCUCACAUCAGCCACCACCGGUAUCGCUAUCAAGGAUGAUGGACAUCAACGAAAAGGCCUUGUCAGCCGGUCAGCUUUUGGACACAAAAGCUUCGUCAUCAUGUUCUUCGAUCAUCUAGCUCCAUCGCACGUCGGCCCCCCAACUCCAAUGAGGCAUCCAUCAUGGUCGAUCAGGCACCCGAAAGCAGCUUCCCCCUGACGCGAAUUGCUACCCGGACCACACUUACGAACGUCGAGCUCGCCACGCGACUCCUGCUAUACACGACACAUGCCAGACUGUUCUCGCCAGAAAGCAUCCGCGUUCCAGAAGAGCGAGCGAUGACAGCGCCUGGCUGUCGCAGCGCCAAUCGAGCUCACGGACCUACACCUCUCAAUACCGAUUUCUUUCACGCAAACAUGGGCAAAUUCCUCUUCCCAAGUGUCACGGUCCGUCCAUGGGCGGGAUGAUGGGAAACUUCAACGAGCAUGCCCGCUAAAACAUGGGCUUCGACCCUUUCGCUUCGCCGGUUCCAGCACAGCCAUGUUCCAGGGUUCUCCGUCUCCGAGCUUGACCCUUUUGGGGGGGAUGUUGCCGAGGGCCGUCGAGGAACUUGACGCUUGCAUACUGGUCUCGGGCCAAGUUGAACAGGAUACCUAAUGGCCGCUGCGAGCUACCCCAACCGAGCGUACCACCCCAAUACGAGCUGGGAAAACCGCGCAGCUUGACUUACACGGACACACAUCCAAACAAUCUUGCAGGAACCACUGACGCCCGGUCCCUUUCCAAACGAGCAUCAUUGAGUUUUUCCUCUUGGGCAACUUGGCUGCGGCGCUGCCUGAUAUUCAAGCAAAGACGAGACAGCAGGUGUCCUCGACGACGUGAAGGAGGGUGCCACGACUCAUGAAGGGCGAAUCAGCAAAGAAGCGCGCGCCAAUGCUCCUACGGCCAGUCGUUCCAAUCCGUUCGUUCCAUCGAUGUCAAUGGAGCCUGUCUUGGCCUGGCUGGCUAGAUGGGAAACUGAGAAAAAGCCACCAUGUCGGCACCAUUAUCCGACUGUGGAAAGAUGUACAGUUCUACUGGACGCCAAGACGAGCCGCCCUGCCGAACCCUUCAAGAAGUCUCCGGUCGGCCCAGAAUUUCCAGGCAGCCCAGUCGGGAGCCAGAGAAUGAGGAAGAGGAAAAGCCGGGGAGAAGAGCGGAAAUGUGACACUCUUCUUGAGUUCUGGAAUGUCGCAGAAAGCUUAUCAAAGGUCUGAUGUUUGAGACUUUACGCAUCACUGGCACAGGUUGGUUGUGCGCGGCUAGCCAGAAGCAGCUGUCCCUCAACUCUCACUCAAAAGGUAGGGUACCUUAGGUAAGAGGGGCUAGCCAUCCGGAGUGCUUCCCUCGGAGACCCAGAGCGCAGAUUUGUGGAAGCCAAAAGGUGCAAGCCAGGUGCUUGUUAUUGUGCUUGUUUCCCUGUCUUUUCUCGAGGUGUCUCGAGCUUUGCUUUCAUCUCAGGAUUCCCCAAGUUUCCCGGCUGCUAUUUAACUUUCUCCGACCCAAGUUAGGCCCCAAACCGCCCCUCAACUUUAUUUCCUUCUCCAUUGUCUGAUACUCCAUACCUGUGGGAAGCUUUCCGUGUUUUCUGGUCCAGAUCGUUCUUCCUCUGGCUGCGUCUGUUUCCCAUCUUCUAUGCGGCAUGCCACGGCCCAUGGGUCCCGGCACACCGACGCACACCUCGACCCGAUACCUAGCUGGUCCGGUCUUUCCUCGAGAAAGCUAACCGUUUGACGUGUUGCUUCGUCUUUGGUGCAGGCAGGGCAUUGGUUGGUUGACCUACGGGAUACCGUGGUAGCUCAUCGCUAGUGGCCCUCACCCUCCUGCUUCUGUUGCAAUGGAAGAAGUUCUUCCAUGCUCUUGGAUUUGUCUCACCAUCCAAAGACGUGCAGACGUCAGCGCCCGGUACCCAGUUGGAAGGGGUGUCAGGUUUUAGUGGGACUGUCCCCCUAUCAGACACCCCAGAGCUGGAGCAGGGACGGUCUCCAGCUUGGCAGUGACGCCAAAACGCCCCUGGCUUGGCCCCCCUUACGCUGGUACGCAGUCACUGCAGUAUGAGGUCCAUGGCUUUUCUUUCCACUUUACUCCGUAGCUACAUAGGUAUUGCCUUUACGGGAGCGCUGCUUGCAAGCUGCAAGUACCAAACAAGUCGUUACAGUCUCCUCCAGGUCUCAGAGACACUCCGAGUACCGAAACAUCAGGGCGAGAGCAGAGUCAUCGAUUGUCGCUCCAUCUUUCCCCCCUCCCCCAGACUCAAGUGCGUCUAUGGUUACCUUUCAUUCUUCGACCCUGCAGGUCGCAUUCUGAAUCUCAGGUCGAGGACAGUCUCCUCUGCGCGUUACAGGGGUUGAAGAGCGCAAGUCACCUCACAUUGUAGGAAAAGUCGUCCCAUGUUCCCCGACCGAUGCUGCCACCAAGCCGCCACCAUCGGCAGGUUCCACGGUUCCACCUCCCCCCAAGAGAUACCUGCCCAAUACUCCGUACCGCCGUCUGCCGGUCUAGGUACCUGAUCCUGAGUCCCAAGGUGGCCACUAUUUUUGCCAAGCAUCCAAGGUGCGAGGUGAGGGGAGCGCAUACACAGUAUUCCGUACCUACCUUACUUUGUAAACGCUAGAGGGCCACUCUGAGAUUCUAGCGCGGUACGGCACGGUAUGGAUACACACACGACUACCUUAGCCCAAGGAACCUUAGCUGUGCCUCACACUCUCAGCACCAAACGUCAACCACGCACCUUGCACCUCACACCUCACAUUACAUUGGAUCGCACCUUUCCCAGUCCAUCUGGUCGUGUCGCUAGUCCUGUCUCUGUUCACGUCUCUCCAGCUUACCACCCACUUACCACCACCCGAUCGAUCAUAUCGCCGUACCUUAACUGCCACCACCUGCGAGGGUACUUGAUCCUUUCCGAACGACAACCCUUCCUCUUUCUUUCUCUGUCUCUCUCCAGUCCAUGCUGGGGUCGCUCAGAAAGAUUCUGAUUUGUCUUGGCCGCAUAUUAUUUCUCCGCAUCCCUCUCGUUUCGACCAAGAUUGCAUGCACCACACCACCCAGCACCGCAUCGCGCCGCACUGCAAUCCCAUCGAACCACCCAUCCACUCACACCGAAGCAGCGACUACAGUCGGCCCUCCGGUGAACGUCGACCAGUCUCCUCCCAACCUACCUGAUCCGCCCCUCCACCUGCGACUAACACAAUCUUUCACAACGUCUUCCAAGCCUUCGCCCAGCACCAGCGCGACACUAACAAUUAGUCUUGUCCUGGCGUUUUUUGGGCUCCAUCGCAGCUGCCCGCCGCCGUCGUUCCAUUAUUACACACUUCGACCGACACCCGAUCGACCGACCAGCCUGGGACCCGACUGACCACGUCCCAUUCCCGUCACGCUUCCACGCAACCUCUACAUCAGUCGCCCACAUCCCUCCACCAAAGGACCCUAUUCAUUGCGGAAGCUUCCUCCGUACCUCUCCGCCGCGUCGAGAAUACCUCUUGAACCAACGAUCACCCGGUCGGCGCUCCGCAUGUUCGAUUUCUUGGUCCGCCACACCUAAACGCUCAGUGUCGAGUGGAAUCAUGAGGACGACGACUUCCACUUGCAUACCGACAACGACAACAACUUUGCUAUCCCGCGCAGUUUAACACUGGAUGGAUCACAAGCUCAACUAAGCAGCGUCCGCUUCUGCAACUCUGCAAUUCCAACUCCCAAUUUCUCUGCUGCAGUCGCUGCAAGUCUACUUGCAACCAUCGCCGCAGAUGAUUUGGUAUCUUUUGUAUCCUUUGCGAGGAACAACGGAAGCUCCAGCCCUUGCCACGAACCAUCCUCUCCGCCGAGCAUUCGCGCGAUACGGUCGAUAUGCCGCGAGACACGUCGUCACGACUCUCAUCAUCUCCGUCACUGUUGCCGCGAUCCUCAUAUACCCUUUUCCGUUUCUCUAUACCUCGGAUCUGAGCAAUGGCGCCUCCAACUUGCCUCAUCAUGUGUGGACUGCUGCGCAGCCGCUCAAGGAAAACAGCACCGAGUCCGACGUAAUAAUGCGCUCCAUUUGGGUUCACGGCAGCUACAUGAAAGCACUGGACCACGACGUGUUGCUGGGCGCGCUCGAAUUGCAGGAUGAGCUCUUGGGUCCCACCAAAGAUUUCAGCCCCCGGCGGCCCGUAACGUCCCUCCGGGCCCACGAUCCAUAUGCAGAUGCAGAUCUUGCCCCUCGAGACCGGGAUGCGUUCCAUGUCAUCAACGGCCUCACCAACCAGUCUUGGUUCUUCUCUUCGCCACUCCAGUACUGGGCCUGCUCCAAUGAGCGGAUAGCUUCCGACACGGACAUCAUAUCAACCGUGAAUGCGCGCAAGACGCAACCGACCUCAGUAAAUGUCACUCUAAGACAUUCAAUAGUCUUCAGCGGCAAGCGCUUCGAAGAUCGGAGACUUCUGGCCGCUGACGCUCUUGUCAUAACGUUGAUCCACUUGCGCGAUUCCCCAGUCGGUCGACAGUGGGAGAGAAAGGCCGAAUUGCUCGCAAAUCGGAUGAAAGACAAGUGGACAGCUUACCCAGCUGACGGGAAAAGCAUGGACAGCCAGCUAUACGAGUUCCAGUUCAUGCCCAUUUCCGUGCAAGACACGGUAAUCCUGGCGCUGGCAUAUGGCCUCGUCGCUAUUUACUUUCUCUACAGCCUUUCCAAGUUGAGGGCGGUCAAAUCCAAGUUUGGCCUGAUAGUUACGGUUUUUGUCCAGAUUGUCGUGUCUAUCAUGUCAAGCUUCACUGUUUGCGCCGUUUUCCGGGUGGACUUAUCCGGAAUUCCGCAAGCGGCAUACCCGGUCGUGGUUCUUUCCAUGAGCCUCGAAAACAUUUUCAGACUUAUCAACGCCGUCAUUUUGACUCCCUCGGAGAACAGUACGAGUAGUCGAAUCAGCCGUGCGUUUGGAGAAACGGCACAUGUUGCGCUGGCCAGCUCGGCACAAAACGUGCUCAUCUUAUGGGGACUAUCGAAAAUCGUCUCACCGGGCGUGUCCGCCUUUUGCACGUUUGUGGCCGUCGCUAUUGUGUUUGACUUUUUUUACUUAUCGACCUUCUUCCUUGCUGUUCUCAGUGUGGAUGUGCGACGAACAGAGCUCAGUGACGCGCUUGCCAAGGCAUCGCUGAAGAAUAAUAGAUACGGACAGGACCAGCUGCCAGUGAACAGGAGCUGCUUCGAGGCAAUGCUGCAGGGCAAGAUUGCUUUGUCUACGCGCAUCGCGGGCACCGUUAUCAUGAUCACAUUUGUUCUGAUUGCUCAGUGGCACUUUUUCGAAAAUGACACCUUCGUCCGACUGGCGCGUGGGAUUUUCAGGAUCUCCAGAGAUACAGUCAGCUUCAGCCAACCUAAGAACUCAAUGCUACUCGACAUUCACCAGGCACGCAGCCCAACGUCUUGGCUUCGGCUUCAAGACCACGAAAGCGCUCGCGAGGUUAUCAACGUCAUCAAGCCUAGAUCCCACAGUUACAUCGCUCGGGUUUAUGACCCUCUAGUAUUCGUCCUCAAGGGUGCGGAUCGCACACCCGUCACGCCCGAGCGUCCACUACUCCCGGCCCUCUACGACUUCAUCGACCAUCACCUGAAGCACUUUCUCGUCACCGUGCUUUUCAUUCUGUCCGCCGUCCGUCUUCUCAUGAACUAUCUGUUAUGGGGAGAGGAUGCUGAGUCGAGACGCAACGACGACAUGGGAGAUAAACCCCUCUUGGCCAUUGAAUCUUUGCCAGAGGCUCACACUCUGGAUGUUUUGCGCAUGACUUCGUCAUACGACGGACAUAUCAUUUCUGUCGGUCUGGACCGCUCAAUUCGUGUUUGGGAUGUCAGGUCGGGCGAAAGAGACUACUCGCUCGCCGACAUCGAGGCACCCCCCGAGGACCCCUUUCCGGUAUUGGCAGUCGCUACAGACAAGAAGUCUAGCUGGUUGGCAUUGUUAUCCUCCAACAAGGUUUUCCUAUGGAACUUGGUUGAGCACCGGUGGAGUCAGCCGAUCCCGGUUGACUUGAAAAAUCCGAGGUCUGACAAGCCUCCUUAUUUCUUCUUCGGCACGCCGACUUUUGACUUUUCAAGCCCACUCGUGAUCGUACGACGAAACGGAACGAUGAUACAGAUCGUUCCUGGUCAAAAUGAGCCCAUGGAGUUCUCCAUCUGCAAGAGCCCUUUGGUCUCGGUUCGUCCGCUCGUACAGAAGAUCCCACCCAGCGGCACCGCGCAGCUGUCUAUUCUAACGGCGUCGAGAAAAGGAUGUAUACACGUCGCGACACAGCAACGAGACGAUACUUGGAUCUCACAAAGCCUCGACGUCCAUACAGCCGAUGACCGCGGAGCAUCUCAGGUAGUGCCGCUGUCGGCACUAGGCUCCUUCCUUGUGGCGAGGUCUCACACAGUUGACCUGGUUGAUGCAAAGACGAAGGCGCUGCUUCACACUUUUGAGACAGAUUCAAUUCAACCGGGGUCUCUGAGAUGCUUUCAUUCGUCACGAAGAAAACCUCAAUGCGGUUCGAUUGGGCUUGUGUCAUUCGGUAUCGCGUACACCCAUGCAGAGAAAGGCGACUGCGUGAUUCACACCUUUAUACCAAAGGAAGAAGGCAACGUCAUUUGCUUCCGGAAUACGAGUUCGCCGCCCAGCCGCAGCUGUAGUGCAUGGGCCGAGACCAUUGAGUCGAAGAGGGAGAUUAGUAAUCCGGGGACAUGGGAAGCUCUGCCAAACGGGUUUCUCGUGGGCGUCCGGAGGGAAGUGUACGAUAGCGGGUCAAGCAGCGGCGAGUCGUCUCCGACAACAACCGGUGGUCUCCGUCACAGGAUGUAUCAACGGCCAGAGAAGCGACCAAACAGAUCGCAGGACAACUGGGAGGUCUGGGUAGCUUCAGAACUGGGGCGGGAGCAGAUCUACGAAACAAGGCCCCUUCAUGAUGAGUACGAGAUGGGCUCGCAUCUCAUUAUCUCGGGACUGGGUCCCAUCGUCAAGGUCGGCACCGCAUCGGUGGCGGUUGCUUUUGGCAAUAUUAUCAAACUUAUCACGGUUGGACACCAGCACUUUGAGGAUCUGGCCGAGAACGAGACAGGGGAGUCUCUGCACAUUGGCAGCCGACGACGGAAACCGGCAGCUGUUACGCAUGCCCGGAUGAAGGUCCCGUCAUGGAUUUGAACUGUAAGCGGGAGUAAACUUUGGAGGGGAGGUUUUGGAUUGGAAGGCAAUAUUCUCAUCUUCUUUUUAUAUACCCAUGAUCGACAAAAGGGAGUUGGGAUUUUCUGUUUUACUAUUACUUUGACAUAGUUUCGAGAUGAUGCCCCCGUCAUGGGAAUGAGGGGCCCAGAAUUAUAAGAUUCCCCAUUUCAGCAUAUGCAUAUGAUUUCUUGUGACGGCUUCUUUACGUCGGCUUUUGCUAGAUAGAUUCGUGUACGAAACCAGUCGAUUGUGC